AUGUGUGUUGCACACCGAGUAGUUAGUGUAGUAGACACACCAGGGAUCCUGGACACAGCAAAAUCUCCAGAAUUCAUAAAAAAAGAAAUUGUGAAAUGUGUUGAAGUCUCCUGUCCAGGCCCCCAUGUGUUCCUGUUGGUCAUCCAAGUCGGUCGAUUCACCAGGGAGGAGAAAAAUGCUGUGGAAGCCCUGCAGGAGCUGUUUGGUCCAAAGGCUAACCACUACAUGAUUGUGCUGUUCACACGUGGCCGUGAACUUGGAGCCAAGACCAUACAGCAGUAUGUACGUGAAGCCAAAUCAGAUCUACAACGAGUCAUCCAAAAAUGUGGAAACAGGUUCCACGUUUUCGAAUGCUUCAGCAGUGACAGACAGCAGGUGGUGGAGCUCAUCAGGAAGAUCGAUAACAUGGUGGAAGAAAAUGAGGGCACAUGCUACACAAAUGAAAUGUACAGAGAGGUCGAGGCUGCACAGACCAGUGGACGUGCCAUACUUCAUUAUUUAUUCCUCGCUCUACUGCAGAAACGUAUCAUGGAAUUUCUUAACAUUCUUGGGAGAGAUUAGAUUACUGUAAUAAAUGAUAUAAACAUUAGAAUGAGUGUAGUUAAAACAGGACAGCAUCUUUGCAUCAAAAUGUCUGAUUGAAAACCUUUAAUGUGUAGACAGCUGUGUAGCAAUAAUUUUCUUUGAUUUGCCAGAAAAAUUUUUAAUGAAAUGUCCUUGGGUGCUAAUGAAGAAAUAAAUGGUUUUAAAAAAUGUAAUAAUGAUCAUAAUAUAGGUGUUGGUGACAUUAAUAAAAUGUUCCUUGUACCUGCUUUGAAUGUUGUAGUAGGCUUUUAUUCAUGGUGGUGUGAUCUGUCUGAACUGAAUUUUGAAAUAUUUUUGC